AUGGCUGUGGAGGAGGAGAUCAUAGAAGGUAGCAACAAUCUCAGACAAAAAUACUCAGCCGAACAUUCUAAAGCCGAAUGCUCUAAGGCUGUAGGGCAACAGACAAACUCACAAAGAAACGAUUACUUGAUGAAGCGGAAGGAUGACAAUCAGGAGGAUGUAGAUGACUUAUCUGAAGUGGAGACACUAGACCAGUCUGAUGUUGAGACCGAUGAGGAGAUAUUCAAUAUUCCGGAUGAACCUUUUGAUUCCGAACCUAACUUGCAGGAAGAGGAAGGGACAUCGUAUAGAGCUACGAAUGAGAGUGUAACACAUGAGUCUGCAACAAGACCACAGAAGAAGAAGAAGAAGAAGAAGAAAAAGAAGAAGACAGAGUCGGCAUUGUUUGAGUCUCGGGGAAAGGCGUCAUUCAUUUACAAAAGCGAUAUAAAUCUCUUAGUACUAAAUGGGUACGCUACCCUUCAAUCUCUGAGGCUUCCAUAUCGUACCUGGAAACUUUUGAUCAAGUGCAGACAAUGUCUACAAGAACUUGAGCCAUCCCUUCAAAUUAGGUCUAUAGACACAAAGAAAGCCAGUUGGUUCACCAAUGUCUCCUUGACUGGUUCUAUAUUUUCAAAUGUUCCACUCAGUCACCUAUUGCCACUGCGAAGCAUUUACCUGAGAAGUGAUGACAAAGAUCGUGCAUGGAGUGUCAUUGGACUUCUCAACCAAGGUGUGGAUAUAUGCCUUGUUAUACCCAGGCGAUGUGACUGGAAUUGA